AUAUUUCUUCUCCAAAGGAGAAGGGUGAAAUGUUCAAAAGGGUUUGUCGUUUACAAGACAGAGCAUUGGGGCGCACAGCUACAUCACCGACAUUGUUUCUCCCGUUGCUUCUUCCGGCGAGUCUCUAUUGCUAGCUUCAAGCUUCUCCCUAACCCCCCUUCUCGGUAGUCUUUGGCGCAUACCCUCUCUUACCGGCAUUUCGGACCAUCGCUGGUAUGGUUCGUCGGAGCUCCUGACGUCGAAGCACCAAGGCGAACUUGCCAGAUGAGGCCACAAAGAAAGCUAAAGAGGGUCAAGUGGUGGACGGUGGAGCAGCGGUGCAUACCAGUCGGCAACAAACGGCUAAGAUGAUUCCUACUCCGCCCUCUUGGGCAUUCUUUCCCAAGCUGGCAGUAUGGAAAUAUCUUUCCUCUUAUCUCUUAUGUCUUAUAGACGAAUGACACGUGUCAUCCAUUUUCUGCCACGUAUUGACUCUGAUCUCUACGGCGUACAUUUCUUCCGAAUUUUAAACCGUUAGAUGUCCCCUGGAAUCAAAGAACCAGAGACAAACAUCAUCCGAAGGCGGAAAGACGGCAUAUUACUCCUUCCGGUUGAGGCCUUGAGGGCUUACUGGCUUAGCAAUAGAGACGAGAGAGUUUCUGGACGCCAGAGAAGUGUGGAGAACAGUUUCAGUUUCGUCGGCGUUUUCACUUGAGCAAUUAGCAGCAAUAAAAAUUGUUCGAAAUGGAGCUCUGUACAUCCCCCGCCAUCUCCAACCUUCCCCAGAAAAGUUUCUUUGCUCCGAGUUCCUCUCCGCUACGCUCUACAGCUUCUCUGCUUCCCAAGAAAACCACAAUCUCUUACAGAAAGUCAGGAUUGCUCCAUUUCUCUUCCCCUUUGCUGAGAGCAACAACUUCUGAAGAAACUUCAACUAGGAUAGAUGGGAAGUCAGGAGAAGCGCCUGAUGGACUAAUAACAAUGGAGGAAACUCCAGCAAAUGAAAUAAGUGGACCAUAUGAAACAAGGCCUUCAGAAGCAUCCACAGAAUCUCCUACUGGGGAACAAAUUCAGAUCUUUGAACUUUUGGACAAGCUUAACGUAAAGUUGGACUCAGAAGAUACAUACCCACUUCUCCUUUAUGGUGGUGGUGCUUUGGUUGUGCUGUGGUUAGUAUCAGCCUUGAUCGGUGCAGUUGAUUCUAUUCCUCUGUUUCCAAAGCUGUUGGAAAUUGUGGGUCUUGGCUACACAGUCUGGUUCAGUUCCCGCUAUCUGAUCUUUAAGAAAAAUAGGGAGGAGUUAUUUGCUAAAAUUGAAGAGCUUAAGCAGGAGGUUCUCGGGUUAUCGGAUGAGUGAUCUACCUUGAGUUGGGUGGUGUUGGUCACCUCUUGGACCCUUGUCAGAAGGAUUGAUUUGCAUCGGGUUUUGCUCAGUUCACAAGAAGAUUCACUGAAGCUGAAUGGCAUCCUGGGUACUGACCAUAAAUACUGGAGGUUUGCAUUUCUGAGGGUUCUUGUGUUUGUACAGAAUAUUAACACAAUAUUACAACUGAGAAUAUCCUGCAA